AUGUAGGCGCACUCCCGGCGGAUUUCCCCGGAAUGGAGCAGCGAGCCAGUAACGGCGGUGAAAACCGUUCACUUCUGAACACCACAAUAUUGCAUUGACACCCGGAUUUGCGACACAUUUAAGAUUUACCAGUUUUUACGUUGGAUUCCCGAGGAAAACGUUCUGGAUUUGUGACAGGUUGUUUCCUGCCUGACCUUAGUGGGCGGUGAGCUUGGCUGGCUAGCUAUACUACACCGAAGAUGGAGCAGCUGUCAGACGAGGAGUUGGACCAAACAGAGGGAGGAGGAGGAGAGGAGGAGGACAGUGAUAAAGAAGAUCAGGAUCUAGACCAGAUGUUUGGAGCCUGGCUGGGAGAGCUGGAUAAACUCACACAGAGUCUGGAUGAUGGCAUCACAGAGACUGUAAAGAAGGCCCCUCAGAAAGCCCCUCUCAGACAGGAGACCAACAUGGCUAACUUCUGCAACCGCUUCUCCAUGUACAACAUCAACGAGGCUCUAAACCAGGGUGGAGAUGGUGUCGACCUGGAUUCCCUGAUGGCAGACCUGUGUUCCAUAGAGCAGGAGCUGACCACCACCGGCAAGCCAAACGCCAAGCUCCGCCAAAAACCCACCACCGGGCACAGCAGCAAGGGGCACGGUGGAGCUGGAGGGAGUGGAGGAGGCACCUCCAGCAACGGCGACAGUACCUCCUCCAGUACCCGGGCCUCACCGGCCUCUACGGUGGCAGCUCGCCACGGGCGCCCCAUGGCUUCCAACCUGUCCCUGGAUGAUAUCACGGCCCAGCUGGAGCAGGCGUCUCUCAGUAUGGACGAGGCUGCUAGACAGAGCUCCCACUCCCUGGCCAGCGCCUCUUCCAGCUCCACCUACUCCACCAUGCGGAGGCCCGCCUCCCACCAUCACACACACCGCCGGACAGGCUCGGUGGGGACUGUCAGCGAACACGAGGUCCGGUCUUUCUCCCUCUCGUCUCGGUCGUCGGUGAACUCCGCUUCGGCCAGCAGCAUGGAUUCUCUGGAUAGGCCCUCGGAACAGGACGGGGCCACUCCUACACAACAGGGACCCAAUCAGGGCCCCCCGGGCAACACCGAGCACUCCUAUCUGGACAGGGAAACAUCCUUGAUUCUGAAAAAUAUAGCCGGAAAACCCUCUCACUUGCUGACCAAGGAAGAACAGGCUGCCAAGACCAAGGCAGAGAAGAUCCGUGUGGCUCUGGAGAAGAUCAAGGAGGCCCAAGUUAAAAAGCUGGUGAUCAGAGUGCACCUGUCAGACGAGAGCUCUAAAACCAUGAUGGUGGACGAGAGGCAGACGGUCAGACAGGUUCUGGACAGCUUGUUGGACAAGUCCCACUGUGGCUUCAGCCCCGACUGGUCCCUGGUCGAGACCAUCAACGAACUGCAGAUGGAGCGUAUCUUUGAGGACCAUGAGAACCUGGUGGAGAACCUUCAGAACUGGACCAGAGACAGUCAGAACAGACUGAUGUUCAUAGAACGCAUCGAGAAGUACGCCCUCUUCAAGAACCCACAGAACUAUUUGUUGGGGCGGAAGGAGACGUGUGAGAUGGCAGACAGGAACAAGGAAGCACUGCUGGAGGAGUGUUUUUGUGGCAGCGCCGUCUCUGUACCUGAGAUGGAGGGAGUACUCUGGCUGAAGGAGGAUGGAAAGAAGAGCUGGAAGAAGAGAUACUUCCUGCUCAGAGCCUCUGGGAUCUACUAUGUACCUAAAGGAAAAGCCAAGGCUUCCAGAGAACUGGUGUGUUUCCUGCAGCUGGAUCAUGUUAAUGUGUACUACGGACAGGACUACCGCAGCAAGUACAAGGCCCCCACAGACUACUGCCUGGCCCUCAAGCAUCCUCAGAUCCAGAAGAAAUCCCAGUACAUCAAGUACCUGUGUUGUGAUGACGUCAGAACCCUACACCAGUGGAUCAAUGGGAUACGCAUCGCCAAGUAUGGGAAGACCCUGUAUGUGAACUACCAGGAGGCUAUGAAGAGGACUGAGGCAGCCUACGACUGGUCUUCUCUCUCUAGCUCCUCUAUCAAGUCUGGAUCCAGCUCCUCCAGCCUGCCUGAGUCCCAGUCUACCCACUACAGUAGUGAUAGUGGUGUUGCUGUGUCAGAGAACAACCUGUCAGGCCACAGCCGCUCUCAGAGCCAGGUCAGCUCCAUCUUCUCCGAGGCCUGGAAGAGAGGCACCCAGGAUGAGUUGAGGAUGGAGUCAGUGAGCAGACCCUAUCCCCUGAUGCUGCCCUCCAUGCACCAGUCAGCCCCCCCAUCCCGAACCAGCUACACCAGUGUCUCCCCCGAAUCCUCCCACUCUCCCUCCGACCCUCCACCUCCUUCUCCUCCCCCACUUCCCCACCCCCCUCACCAGGCUGCUCCUACCAACUUUGUCAAGUACAGCACCAUCGCCCGCCUGCAGGGUGGCGCCAACCAGGCUGCCAAUCAUUACAGUGCCCAACCAAUGGGCCAGCAGCAAGGCCCUCCGGCCCCGCCCCUCCAGUCUGUCAAACCCAACUACAACACUCUCCCAUUGGCUCCCACUAACUACAACACCAUGCAAUUGGCUCCGAGCAACCCUCCUCCUCCUCCCCCUUGCUCCAUGCCUGCUCCAGGCUCUGCCAUGGCCUCUCUGAGGUUCAGCCUCCCCAGCUCUGUUCCUCAGUUCAUCCCCCUCCUCCCCCAGGCCCAAACACUGCCCCCCUCCUCCCCAGAAGAGGACCACCAGUGCCCCCCUCUCAGUAACACUGGGUUGCAGCAGUUCCUGGCAAAAUUCCCCAAUAUGAACUAUGAUUUCUCUGAGCUGGAUGGCCAACCUGAGUCCCCUCCUCCUCCCCCUCCUGCCUCUCCCCCUGUCCCCCAUACUGCCACCCCCACACCUCCCAAAACCUUCUCUGGUGUCUUCCCGCCCCAGACUGCUCCUAAGACCUUUGGUCCAGGGAUCCCCCUGUCCCCAGUGUCGCCCUACCCUCCUUCUGGUCCAAUGAAAAAGCAGCAAAGCUUCUCUACAGGCCAUUCGCCCAAUCAGCCGCCUUCCACGAUGCCCAAACAGCACAUCUUCUCCUCUAAAACCCUCCCUCUGUCCGCCCCCAUCCCCACUCCCUCCCUGGCCAAACAAAUAGUCAACCAGUUCCCAGGAGCCCCCUGCCCCCACAGUCCCCCGGCGGUCAAGGCUAAACCAAGAUGGCAGCCAGGGAGUCAGAUCCCGCCUCAGUCCCCUGAAUUCCCCCUUCCUCCUCCUCUCCCUCCUUCUGAGAUGUGCUCCCCCAUUAAGAAGUCUCCCUCCACCUCAUCAACCGGCUCCUUCGGGAAGAGAGGGCCUCCUCCCACUCCCCAGCGCGCCUCCUCCAUCAAGUCUAACUCCUCAGGGGAGUACCAGGAAGAGGCCCAGGUCCAGAGGCAGCCUAAGAAAGUGGAGUCUCUGGUCAGUAAGUUUGCCCAGCCUGGCCUCGGCUCCUGCAACUCCUCCACCGCCACCUUCUCUGGAUCUCCUGCUAAAGAUUUGGGGUCUCCUGCUCUUCCUGCUCCUCCUAAACCAGGCAAGCUGAACCUGUCAGCUCUCCCUCUAGUCCUCCAGGGUCUACAGACAGGGCAGCACCGCCAGCCCAGUGGAGACUUCCCCUCUCUUCCUCAGUACCACCAGCCCAGUGAAGACUUCCCCUCUCUUCCUCAGUACCGCCAGCCCAGUGAAGACUUCCCCUCUCUUCCUCAGUACCGCCAGCCCAGUGAAGACUUCCCCUCUCUUCCUCAGUACCGCCAGCCCAGUGGAGACUUCCCCUCUCUUCCUCAGUACCGCCAGCCUAGUGAAGACUUCUCCUCUCUUCCUCAGUACCGCCAGCCCAGUGAAGACUUCCCCUCUCUUCCUCAGUACCGCCAGCCCAGUGGAGACUUCCCCUCUCUUCCUCAGUACCGCCAGCCUAGUGAAGACUUCUCCUCUCUUCCUCAGUACCGCCAGCCCAGUGAAGACUUCCCCCCUCCUCCUCCCGACUCUGAGCUGCUCCCCCGCCCCCUCCUCUCUGAGCUCCUCCCCCCACCCCCUCCUCUCUGAGCUCCACCCGGGGCCCCCAGGGUCGCAGUGGUAAACCAGCCGCAGGCCACGCCCAUCUCCCACCCCGUCAGCCAAUCAUCAUGGAAGACCCAGUCACUCAAGAAGACUCCGCCUCUGACACUGCACAGGCUGUCCCGGAGUCACACGGUCCAGGAGCCCUUACCACUGUCCCCACCAUACCAGCACGCAUACCCCCCAGCCUCCUUUGCCUGUCCCCUGCCCCCCACCUCCCCCGGGGUACCUAAGGGGGGCGGUACCCUCUCCUCGGUCCAACCCAACUUCCUGGAGGACCUGAACCGGACCUUGAAGAGGAAGUCCAUCUCACGUCACGGCUCCCUCACGCGGCACGGUUCCUCCCGGCUGGAACCGGUCUCCAUGGACGACAUGGCCCUGCCUCCUCCACCCCCUCCGGACCAACAUAGGGGGGGGCAGGGCGGGGGCCACGGGUACAUGUCCUCAGGCUAUGCAACGUUACGGCGGGGGCCGCGCCCUGCCCCGCCCAAACGGGACGAAAGCACCAAACUGACGGGUGAGUGGUAG